AUGUUUCGGGCCGGCCCUGGAGAUGGCCAGGCACUUGGGAGGCUCGAAAAGAGGAUUCGGCUAAUUCAUGGCGAAGGAGCCCGGGAUGCCGGGAGCCAAGAGGGCUCUUGCACCCGGUCCCGCUUGCGGCUUUCCCGGAAGAGAGGUCUGCUUGGCCACUGGGGGACCAGGAUGCCAUCGGCCUGCUCCAGGUGAAGGCUCGUCUUUCAUUAUGCCAAGUCAGAACUAGUCCAGGAUUGUCUGCACCAACUGGCAGCAAGCCAGGACUGCACCUCGGGGCUUCAGCGUGCAGGGCAGCAGCCCCUCUCCCACAGCGCCAGAGCCGGCCGGCCUUCUCUCGCUUUCCUGUUUCCUCAGAGUAGCGCCCCUUUCGCCACUUAUGCUUACAUCCUCUUUCAGUAGUUCUAUUUUUUAAAAACCCCCUUCUUUUUCCCACUUUGUUUCCUCAUAGGCCCACCCAAUCCUAAACAUAAAUUAAUUAGCUAUAUCAAUAUAACUUCUUCCCCACCCUUUCUCUCUUCCCCUUUAAAAAUUCCUUCAUUUUCACUUUCCUUCAUAGGGAAACAACCAACCCUAGCCACAUCCUAUUGAUUUCAGUGAGGCUUCUGUUUCCCCUUCAACCUCUUUUUGUAAAGCAUCCAUUCCUGCUUUUCUCACAACGAAUCAGCAAGCCAUAUGUACAUCCUAUUGAUUUGAAUGGAGUAUUUUCACCGGCUGGCUAACAAGUGGAAUCUGACACAUACUUACCCUGCAGUCAGUCCUACUGAAUUCUAUAGGGCUUAUUUCAGCUGAAUUUCAGCUGGAGCAAAGUAGCAGACAGCAGAAGAUAGCAGGGUGGGCACAUUUCUUUGCAAAAAUCCACUGAUUUAUGUGUAAUACAGCAGAAUAGUAGGUGCUGGUUUUUUAAAUAAAAGCAAUGACUUUGUUCUUCAGGGAGAAAUUGGCAGCAGGAUUCAUCAGCCAGAAUUCCCACCUUAAAACACACCAAGUGCUAUUGGAAAACAUUUGCAAUAUUGUCAAAGAAAAUGGCAAAAUUGAUUAUUUAACUGGUCUUUAGGGACAUGAGCUACGGUGUGCCAUAUUGAACUAUAGCACUAGAAUUCAAGUUAGCGUGGAAAUUCAUGCCACAUGAAGACACCAUGAGUAAGGGUUUUUUUAAUUAACCCUUGUCCUUCUAUAUAUGGUUCUGGGCUGAUUAAGAAAAACACCUUAUUGGGAUGCUUUACUUUUAUUCAUCUACAUCAGUGACAAUGAGUAGGAUCAAUACAGUAUGCUUUUUAUUUUUUAAAAAAUAGUAGUGAUGGUGAAAAUGCAGAAGAUAUGUAAUAAACAGUUUCAGAGGGAGGCAGCUCUUUGUCACUUACAACAAUGGAAAACCCACAGCUACAGAUAAAAUGGGAGCAGUCUCUUUAUCCUCAGUGGCCACAUGGCCAUGAAAUUCCUGUGUCUUGCGCUCUUUGAGCAGAUAUAUACAUCACCCCCCCCCGCUCUUUCCCCCUGCAAUUGGCCAAGCAGAAUCUGAAGACUGAGAAGCACCCCCCCGCAAGCCCCAUAGCAAUGCAACUACCUUCUGCCACCUUUUGUUCCUCUUUUUGCCUACAGAUAUUGUAUAACUGUAGCACAAGCAACAAGAGUUUACAGAGUGCAAUUCUUCAAUACACAAACAAAAGGGGCAUCAGGAUAGGUUUAUUCCUGUCUGGUUUUUUGGGGGGUGAUUAUGUACUUUUUGGACAAAAUAAAAUAAUUAUGGGAGACUAAUAUUCAAGCAAGUACAUAUAUGGAUGAAGAUGGCCACUGCUGCUUAAAUCUUCAUUUUCUCUCUCUUGUAACACUCUCAAAAUGUUCAACUCCACAGAAUAAUAUCAUUAUUGCUGGUCCAUUUUAAAACAGUUUCAGAGGGGCACCAGCAUACUCUCUGUGUUUAUCAAUUUUACCUGUUUGUAUCAGCAACAAUUGUAGAUAUUUUUUUCUUGAGACAAAAUGUAUUUGUUUCUUCUUCCAGGUAGUCACCAUCUUCAUGACGAAGCAGUAAGUAGCCACUUCUCUAUAGAUAGCUGUGCAACAAUUAAAUAUGCUUAUUUAGUGUGUACAGAGGACUAAGAAAAAUGUAACACAUGUAAUUGUCUGACAUUACUAAAUAUGGAAGAACAAUAGCAUGAAGCUAAGGAAAUUACUUGGUUCAGGGCAACCUUCCAAAGAAGCCCACAAAAGUUAUGGACCCAUAAAUGUUUUUAGUAGUUAACACAUAUUCUGUUAGUCAUUUGCAAGAAAACAACCCCUCACGAGCCAGAUGAUGCUUGCAAAGCUGGACUCUGAAUCUCCAGAGGUGCUCAAACUAAAACAAAUUAAGCUGGCAGCAGAGCCAUGGGGAAAAUAAACACUGGAUCAGAGCAACAGCAGAAAGACGAGAGGAGUUUCAAAGUACACCAGGAACUGCAUUAUUUAUUGUAUGGGUCUUUGUGCCUCUAAGGAAAACAGGAUAAGCACUUCCAAAAUAAAUUUGAGCAGUUUUGCUUCAAAGCAUUUGCUCUUGAUAUGUGUGUGUGUGCGCGCGCGCGCGCACGCACCCACCAUUACCUUUUGGUAAAAAGGGAGCCAGAACACUGAUUGCAUUCAAAAGCACAUUAUGACCUUGUGCACGGCAAAGAAGCAGUAAGUUGGCAAUGCCAAUAAAUUGAUCGAACAACAUGGCAAUUCCUUCUUCUAAAAGAUGCGGGCAGCGCUUUCUAAUGUGCGUUGUUAAAUAUUGGUUACAUCUCCACUGUGUAAGCGCUUCAGCAAAAGUGGGAGUGAAUGAUAUUAUGCAACCCUCAGCAGAUGUUCUUUUCACUCCUGGAGUCAAUAUGGUACAGGCAAGUGCUGCCACACUGACAGGCCUGGACAGCAAAGCUCUUUGUUCCACAAUGCACAGCACAGGCUUCAUUCUUAUGCUCCUGGCAACGAGACAGAAUGCCUUCAUCCCUGAAGAAGCUGAAAGGGAAACUUGGAGGCUUUGAAAGGGUGAAUAAACACAUGCAAUGGCCUUAGAAGAAUAAAAUAUAGAUCAGCAACACGCACACCUGUUGCAAGCUAUUUGCGUUACAAUCCUGCACACCCUUUGACUUGGGAGCAAGCCUACUGAAAAUGGAAGUUUCAAGAACACAUAAAAGGAGCCCAGCUGGAUUAGACUAAAUAAAGGUUCAUCUAGUACUGCCUGGCGUGCUCUGGUCCAUGGGGUCACGAAGAGUCGGACACGACUAAACAACAGCAACAACAGCACUGCAUCCUGUUUCCCCAAGAAAUGCUAAUCAGAAGGCAUCAAGGGCAGGAAAGGAAAAGGCCAUGUCUGCUGUGGCUAACCAGUGCCUGAGAGUCCAAAGUCUGCCCCUUCAAGAGGUUCUAUAUAGUUGUUUCUUUCUCCACAUCCAGCCACCUUAGUUAAUGGCCAUUACCACUCCAUGGGGCAACUCAAUCCAUUAAUUUUGUAGUAUGAGUAACUAUUUUCUUUCGUCUGUUCCAAACCAUUCAUUCCCCUGGGUGAUCCCAAGUUCUAGUUCUUUGGGAUAGAGGAAUGUCUAUUGGCUUUCUCCACACCACACAUAAAUUUAUAAACCAGUUAAUCCCCAUUGUAGACAUCUUUUUUUCCUGAAAAAACACAAAGCCCAGCCUUUGGCAACCUGGCGCCCUCCCAUUCCCAUCAUGUGUUAUGCUGCCUCUUUUAAUAGUAGUGUUCCUUGAUUUUUAUUUUUCUGCUGUUUUUCACGGAUUUCUUAAGAUGCAAUUCAGCGGUAAACCAGGUUUUCCUGGGGAAAGCGGUGGAGGAAAAAACCACAGUUCUCAGACCUGUGAUAAUAGAUCCAAUACAAAAUAGUAGAAAGCACAUGACAAAAGUGUGGCUGGACCGUAACUUAAGCCCCCUUUCUUUCAAAGGGACUUAAGUCACUACUUUAGCUGGGUUGGAACCUUUGCCAUUCACAGCUCAAAUCAUUUAAAGUAGUCCAACAGGUCUGCAUAAAUCACCAUCAAGUUUAUGUGGUAGGAGAGCUAUCAGCCAGGUAUGAAUGGCAUUAGAAAAGUUGUGUGGGAAAGCUUCAAGGCUCACAUCACUUUUACUUAGAUCAAGCAUUAUUACUCACUCACUUUAAUUACCUGGCCUAGAUUGUCAUAGAACACACCCACAGCCUAAGGGAGAAAAUACACACUUGUUAAUAAAGUCAGCCAUGAAGGUCUCUCACUGCAAUAGACAAGGGUUCAUUAUGUAAUAGAGAACUGUAAAAGAUGUGAAACUGAACAAAUAUUUUAAAAAGCAAGAAAGGACAGGAGGAAUGAAACCAGAAAAAAAUAACAGUACUAUUAUAUAUGUGCACAGAAAGAGUAACAAAGUCUAGCUUUGGUAAUAUACUAUUUAAGAGUUCUGGACAGAAUGUUAAAAAUAAACAUACACAUACCUGACAACAGAUAGAAAUUAAUUUCCCUAAUAUCUAAAUUUAAGUUGCCUUGGAGCAAUAAUGAAACUAUAGGGAUGCUAAUUACUCAAGCACUCAAAUAAUUUUUUAUAUAUUUUCAAAUACAGUGGUACCUCGCAAGACGAACGCCUCGCAAGGCGGAAAACUUGCAAAACGAAAGGGUUUUUGGUUUUUUGAGUUGCUUCGCAAGACGAUUUUCCCUAUGGGCUUGCUUCGCAAGACAGAAACGUCUUGCAAGUUUGUUUCCUUUUUCUUAAAACCGUUAAUACAGUUGCGACUUGACUUCGAGGAACAACUCAUAGCACGCGGUUUGGUAGCCUUUUUUGAGGUUUUUGAGGACUUUGGUGAUUUUUGAAGCUUUUCCAAAGCUUUUCCGACACCGUGCUUCGCAAGACGAAAAAACUCGCGGAACGAAUUAAUUUCGUCUUGCGAGGCACCACUGUAACCUUUGCAGCAACUGCUAUGUUACAAAGUAGGCCAGCAUUUUAAUUCCUGCACUUUGCAGGUUCAGACAUGAGAUGAAGAUUGGCACAGAAUGGUAGUAACUCAAUGGUGGAGCGUAUGUCUUGCAUGCAGAAAACUUUCUCCAGGGAUGAUGAGAAACAUAGUUCAAAAGAUCUGCAGGAACACACUAACACACAUACGCUACAUGGUUCUCAGGCCUCUUUCCUAGCAUUGUGUUUGCUAGCUGAGCAACUCCAUCAAAGAGUGAACGCCCCCAAUUCCUCAAUUUAAUCCCUGGCAUCUCCAGUUUAGAGCAUUCUAUGGGAAAGGCUUGCACUGGAGACCAAAGAAAGCGGCUGCCAAUCAAAAGUAGGCCACAGUUCAUACAAACCAAUGAUAGCAUGGGCAAGUUCAAACAAAGUUAGAACUGCUUCACCCAUUUAAAAUCUCCUGUAAUGUAGCCAAUUAACCCUUCAGAUGCAAGCACUUCUCAGAGUUUGCUUUUUAUUUUAUUUUCAGUGAUAGGUCGGUCAUGUAACCUAGAAUGCAUGAUAUUAAGAAUAUAUUUAUUUAUACCCUGCUGCCAUUUCCCCCUGACGGGAAUGAAAGCAACUUACAGAUAGAAACAAGAACCACUAAAAACAUACAAAAGAAAAACAAUAUCUGAAAAACAAUUAAACAUGGAUACAAUUAAAAACUAUGUACUUUCUUAUUAAUAAUACUUAAUCAGUACAUCUUCAAUUCCCUGUUCAGAGCCCCUGAUGAAUGCCGAAGAAACAGAAGUGCCAAAUGCAAGACACUGAGGCAAAUGGAAGGAGCUACCUGCCACCCUGAAAAAAAAACUCUGGAAGGUAUGGCACAAACCCAAGACACGCGCAGGAUGGGCCUGGAGUCGUCCUACUCUCAUCCAAGGAGGAGCAUUCAUGGUACGUGGAUCGUUAGAGGAUAG